AGAAGCAUGGCGGCGUUUGAGAUGAGGGAGUGCGAGACGAAAGGCUGCUGCAGCGAAGCUAAGCUCCAGUGUCCCACCUGCAUCAAACUCGGCAUUCAAGGCUCAUACUUCUGCUCUCAGGAAUGUUUCAAAGGCAGCUGGGCCACCCACAAACUGCUCCACAAAAAAGCAAAAGAGGACACAACAAAAGAAGAGGGAAAGAACUGUGUAGAGAAAGAAAUCAACACAGACCCAUGGCCUGGGUACAGAUACACUGGUAAACUGCGACCCCACUAUCCACUGACACCCAUGCGCCUUGUUCCUAACAACAUUCAGAGGCCAGACUAUGCAGAUCAUCCUUUGGCUGCAGAGGUUGGGUUGUUGGCAGGGAUGUCUGAGUCGGAACAGACCAUGAAAGGGACAUCUCAGAUUAAGAUCCUCAGUGCUGAAGAAAUUGAGGGCAUGAGGGUUGUCUGUGAGCUGGCUAGAGAAGUACUUGACAUUGCUGCCAUGAUGGUGAAACCUGGAGUGACAACAGAGGAGAUCGAUCAUGCGGUGCAUUUGGCGUGUACAGCUAGGACAUGCUACCCAUCACCUCUGAACUACUACAACUUUCCCAAGUCCUGCUGCACCUCUGUAAAUGAAGUCAUCUGUCACGGAAUACCUGACCGACGUGCUCUCCAGGAAGGGGACAUACUUAACAUCGACAUUACAGUUUACCACAAUGGUUACCAUGGAGAUUUGAAUGAAACCUUUUUUGUGGGUGAAGUGGAUGAGGGAGUAAAGAAAUUGGUUCAGACCACAUAUGAAUGUCUUAUGCAAGCCAUCGACUCUGUGAAGCCUGGUGUCCGGUAUCGUGAGCUUGGGAACAUCAUCCAGAAACAUGCACAGGCUAACGGAUUCUCUGUGGUACGGAGUUACUGUGGCCAUGGCAUACACAAACUGUUCCACACUGCACCCAACGUACCGCACUAUGCUAAGAACAAAGCAGUAGGGGUGAUGAAGCCUGGCCAUGUGUUCACUAUUGAGCCCAUGAUCUGCGAAGGUGGCUGGCAGGAUGAAACGUGGCCAGAUGGUUGGACAGCAGUUACUCGUGAUGGCAAACGCUCAGCCCAGUUUGAGCACACGCUCCUUGUGACUGAGACUGGCUGUGAAAUCCUCACACGUCGCCUUGAGGACAAUGGCCGUGCUCACUUCUUGUCCCAAAUGUAGGAUGGUGGGGUUGUAUCAGCCCUAUUCUGCAGUGGAGGAUACAACAGCUCCGCCCCAUAUCACCGGUCAGCCAAUCACAGUUUGGUUCUUAGUUGGGCAGAAGAGAUUGGCCAAGUGGCCGUUUCAGUGGAUUUGGGCCGGAUGUGGAGAUUUGGUAACUUCUAAAUGUGUCACCGGACUGUCACAUUAAUCAGCUUGGAUCUGAGAAAAUGAAAAUGCACUGGCCUUAAACAUGGUUACAGUGCUACCACACUCUGUGUACAUGGGAGGCUGAGCUAUCUGAGUGGUUUUGUAGGUGCGCUUGUGUGUUUGAGAGUGUCAGCUGUGCUGUCUCCGUUUGCUUAAGUGCGUUUUUAUGCCUGGCUCGUUGUAGUGUUUUUUUUUUUUUUUCCCACAUGCAAUGAGAAUUGGGCUGUGUGUUAUAGAAUACAGUGAAGGCUCCCCAAAUUAUAUCAAAACAUGAUUGAUAUAUGAAAAUUCUUCACAGUUAUGAGUGCUUAACAUUGUUGAACAUUGCAAAAAUGUUUUUCAUGAACGGUGUUCAUAAGGUCCACUUAAAGGUGUAGGUUUAGCUUUAAUCAUUUACUCACCCUCAUGGACAUUCUUUGUUCCAUGAAACAAAAAAGAGUUGUAAAGCAGAAUUGUUAUCCUUACUUACAUUCACUGUCAUUGUAUGGAAAAGAUGUUGUGAAAUUGAAAGGUGACAGACUAACAUACUGUCUAAAAAUUAUUUUUUGGGUGAACUGUCCCUGUAAAUCAGUCUUGUUUGACUAAACGCGUGUCUGUGAACACCUAAAGGAAAAAUUAGGCAAUGGUAUACUGUUGUUAUUUUCAAUUUUGUAAAGGGGAAGGGAUGGUCGUUCUGAUCCAUCCAGUGCAGUCGUCCUUGGUCAAUGAAAGUGCAGAAGUGUAAAAAGCAGUUGCAGGCAUUGCGUCAUUGAUGCUCUGUCGUUUGAUGCAUCUCAUGAAAUCAAUUUCAGUGUUUCAGUAUUCAAGCUGAAUAAAAGUCUAUUUUCUCCUUUUA